AUAGGGCUGAAAGAUAUAUUUUUAUAUUAUCUAUAUGAAUAUUACACUAUGCAUAAUUAAAGACCUCGAUAACGAGAUAAAAUGUUUUGUUAUUGUAAAUAUUAACAGUUAUUUUAAUGUAUAAUGAAAAUUUUAAUUUUUUGAAUCUGUUUAUGCGUAAUUAUGAGAUUUAAUAGUAAAGAACUGAUCCAUGUUAGCCAUUCAAAUCCAAUUUUAGAAGGAAGAAUGUCUUAUGCUAAAUUAUCAAAUGGCUAUCCGUCAAAAGGAUUUAAAGAAAGAUGGUUCAAACUGAAGUAUAAUCUUUUAUUUUAUUUUAAAAUAAACUGUGUUGGACAUGCAGUAUUAAAUCAGCCAGCUGGUGUUUUUGUAUUAGAAAAUUCUGUAGUAAGACCUGAAAACAAUAUACCUGGUACAUUUUUUUCAUUUUCAUUAUCAUUCAAAGAUGAACCUGAUAAAAAAUAUAUAAUUUCAAGCCAGUCAGAAGAUCAUGUUCAAAACUGGAUUAAUUGUAUUCAAAGUGCUACGUAUGAAUACAUGAGAACUCAAUUAUCGACAUUACAAAAUAAAAUUUUAAUCUUGUCAGGAAAAGAUCCCUUAUUAUUAUAUCCUGAAGAUAGCAAAAAAAUCAAUCAAAGUAACACAAACGAAUUUGUUUAUAAAAAUUUAAAACCAGCUCCACGUCCUCCCCCUAGACAUAAAUCUGAGAGUGUAAAUUCAAAUACUGUUAACUUGAUUGAACUGUAAAUUUUUAUGUAUAGAUAUAAUUUAAUGUGUAUAUAUAAUAUUUUUUUAGAUGUAAUUGAUGUAAUGUUAACCAUACAAUUUAUUUUUAAAGGAAUCCAAAGAUAUUUUUGUAAUUAUUUUGAUUGUAAAUGUUUAUUUUGUUAAAUAACUAUUAAAUUAAUUCUAUUAUAAAUUGAAAAGAAAAAUUAUAUAUUUAAAUUUAACUAAAGUUUUAUCUAUUCACUUAAAAAUUUUGUAUUAUAUUAUACAAUAAAAUUUAACUUAUGUUUCAUUGAUA